AUGGAAGAAGAAUCAUGUCAUAACUCUCACACGUAUGAGACAUCUUCUGGUUCUUUAAUUGCAAUUUCUUCAUCAUCUAGUUCCAACUUGCAAAUAGAGAAAGCUAAUUAUGAAGAUUCAAAUGAGCAUAUCCAACACAACCAUUGGAAUCAACAAGAACAACUCAACAACCUGCCUAGGAUCAACAUUCAUAUGACUUUCAUUUUGGAUGAUGUUUGGUCUUGCAUUGUUGUGCUAGUGGUAUUUUGGCUCAUUGUUGGCGUUCACGGAUCUGUUAAUUUACAAUUGGGACCUUACUCCUCACAUUUGAUAGAAAUCAACUCAAUGUUAGUACAGUAUAUUAAGGUGGAACAAAAUAACAAACAAAAACCUGGCCUAAUGCUUUAUGGAUUUGAUCAUCCUCCUCCACUAGAUGUCAAAAUAAAUUGGACUGAGACGUAUGAUGCAUCCAUACCAGCAAAAUCUCAAAAGGCAUUUUCCAAUUUUGAAUGGAUAUUCUACUUGAAUAAAGACUCUCAAUUAGAUGUUUUUUACAAUGUCAAGUCCAUAGGAGCACCCUUAAUCCUUGUAAUUGCUAAAGGUACAGAAUGCUUAAUUAAGUGGAAAAAGGAUCCAUCAUUCCCUAAUGCAACAUUGUACUGGAAUAAUAUCAAUGGAAGUGGUAGUAUUACACAGAAAAUAUCACAUUCAUCAACUUAUUAUGUGGCUAUUGGAAAUAUGAACCCUCAAAAUGUGAAGGUACAAUUGAACUUCAGUGUAAAUGCAGUUCUCUACAAUACAUCUGGUUCUUAUCAAAGAUGUUCUUUGGAUGACGGUUUAUGUAUAUUAAACCCUUCUCUUUCAGAAAACUUUGCAUUAUUAACCACUCCAGGUCCUAGAAAGGUAAAUUUUGGUUUAUAUCUUUUCUUCAGUUACUAUCUCUAA